GUCUGCUGUCUCUCUUCCGAGGAAAACCCUCGAUUCAUCUCUCUCUCUUGCUCUGUCUCUCUUUGCCGGAGGAGGAGAGAUGGCACUUUCCGUCGCCAAAUGCCCCUCUUCCUCCGCCGCCGCGCGUCUGGCACCCGAUCACUCCCCUCCGAGAUGGUCGACCCUCCUACGGCCCUUUCCUAGAACCGUUCUUGCGGGAAGUGUCGCGGUACCGUCGUCGAAAAAUUGGAACUUGGGCGUUGCCUGCAAGCAAGAAGUUGGCACUGUGGCUGCAUCCAGUCCAAAAGAAGCUCCUUCCAAGAAUGUGGAAAUUGGUGGCUUGCUUGGUUUAUCUUCAGAGGAAUACAGAGAUGUGAUUGGUCCCAAUUCAAGUGAAAGGGAGCCUACAGUUAGUAUCACUGUCGUUGGAGCCUCUGGGGACCUUGCCAAAAAGAAGAUAUUUCCUGCUCUUUUCGCACUUUAUUAUGAAGAUUGCCUUCCAAAGCAUUUCACUAUAUUCGGUUAUGCUCGAAGUAAGAUGACUGAUGCUGAACUGAGAACUAUGGUUAGCAAAACAUUAACGUGCAGAAUUGAUAAAAGGGAGAAUUGUAAUGAGAAGAUGGAACAGUUUCUACAGAGAUGUUUCUAUCAUUCAGGUCAAUAUGAAUCCGAGGAAAACUUUGCAGAUCUUGACAAGGAACUCAAAGAACAUGAGGGUGGGAGAUUAUCAAACCGGCUAUUUUAUUUGUCAAUUCCACCAAACAUAUUUAUAGAUGUUGUAAAAUCUGCAAGCAAGUCAGCUUCUUCUAAGAAUGGCUGGACCAGGGUGAUAGUUGAAAAACCAUUCGGUCGGGAUUCUGAAUCUUCUGCUGCUUUGACAAGAGGCCUGAAACAAUACCUUGAUGAAGAUCAAAUUUUCAGAAUAGACCACUAUUUGGGAAAGGAACUUGUCGAAAAUCUGUCCAUUCUUCGUUUCUCGAAUCUUGUAUUUGAACCGUUGUGGUCUAGGCAAUAUAUUAGGAAUGUGCAGCUGAUUUUCUCUGAAGACUUCGGUACAGAAGGACGGGGAGGGUACUUUGAUAACUAUGGUAUUAUUAGAGAUAUCAUGCAGAAUCAUCUGCUCCAAAUUUUAGCCUUAUUUGCAAUGGAAACUCCUGUCAGUUUAGAUGCAGAAGAUAUCAGGAACGAAAAGGUGAAAGUCCUCCGUUCCAUGAAGCCAUUGCAAUUGGAAAAUGUGGUGAUAGGUCAGUAUAGGAGCCACACGAAGGGUGGAGUUGCAUACCCCGGAUACACAGACGAUAAGACUGUACCCAAAGGCAGCCUUACUCCAACAUUCGCUGCAGCUGCCCUUUUCAUAGAUAAUGCAAGAUGGGAUGGAGUUCCAUUCCUCAUGAAGGCUGGGAAAGCACUGGAAACUCGACGAACAGAGAUUAGAGUUCAGUUUCGCCAUGUCCCUGGUAAUCUAUAUAAGAGGAGCUUUGGAACUGAUCUUGAUCGAGCUACAAACGAGCUCGUCAUCAGGGUACAACCCGAUGAAGCUAUUUACUUAAAGAUCAAUAACAAGAUUCCUGGGUUGGGGAUGAGAUUGGACCGCAGUAACUUGAAUCUUCUUUAUGCUUCAAGAUACUCGAAAGAGAUACCAGAUGCAUAUGAGAGGCUGCUUCUUGAUGCCAUUGAGGGUGAACGAAGGCUGUUCAUUCGUUCCGAUGAACUGGAUGCUGCUUGGGAGCUGUUUACGCCGCUGCUCAAAGAGUUGGAGGAGAAGAAGAUAGCCCCCGAAUUGUACCCUUACGGGAGUUGCGGGCCAGCAGGAGCACACUACCUUGCCGCGAAUUACAACGUCCGUUGGGGAGACACUGCUUCAGAUGCGUAAAUUGCUUUUGCUGUCAUUUGAGCAGAACCUCCCAAUAAAUAAUUUAGAGAUUCACAGUAGUGCAAUAAUAUUUGGCGAGAAUUCUCAUGAAUAGUGAGGAAUGUCUGCGUGUGUGUUAGAGAGAGAGAGAAAAAUAUGUUGGUAAUCUGCAAUUUUGACAGCACAAGGGAACUGUGUUUUAUAGGUUGGUUAGAAUCUUUAAGCGUUGUAGUUGGGUUUCUUCCUCUAGUGUGAGAUUUCUUGUGAUUUAUAGAUGAGAAGGCCAUUGAUCCAGCUGGGCUGAACAUUCCUAUCAUGUUUAUUUUCUUCUUUCUUUAGUGCUGAUCACUUUGAGGAA